ACACUACAAACGCAUUAAGCUCUUAGCUAGCCCUAGCCACGUACCCACACAUCGUAGACAACGCAAUUAGCUAGGAAUAGCAUCCAUGGCGUCCGGGGCUGCUGCUUCCUCGGCCCUCUUGCUCCUCGUCGCGGCCUUGGUGGCCACCAGUGCGAGGGCGGCCACAUUCACCAUCACCAACAACUGCGGCUCGACGGUGUGGCCGGCGGCCACCCCGGUGGGCGGCGGCACGCAGCUUGACCCCGGGCAGACGUGGACCGUGGACGUGCCGGCGGGGACCCAGUCCGGCAGGGUGUGGGGGCGCACGGGGUGCUCCUUCAACGGCGGCAGCGGGAGCUGCCAGACGGGCGACUGCGGCGGCGCACUCUCCUGCACGCUCUCGGGGCAGCCUCCCAUGACGCUGGCCGAGUUCACCAUCGGCGGCGGCGGCAGCCAGGACUUCUACGACAUCUCGGUGAUCGACGGCUACAACCUGGCCAUGCUCUUCUCGUGCAGCACCGGCGUGACCCUCAACUGCGGCGGGCCCAGCUGCCCAGACGCCUACCUGUUUCCCAGCGACAACACCAAGACCCAUGCCUGCAGCGGCAACAGCAACUACCAGGUCACCUUCUGCCCGUGAGAUCGCGCGUGCGAGGCAGGCGGCAGUGUGGCCGGACGACGAUGCAAUAUGCAAUGCAUGCUCCAGCCAACUUCUUUCUUUGCAAAUAAUAAGUAUGUUGUUUGUCCUAGUUUGUUAUUAGUGGAGAAAUUAAAAAAGUAGACAAUCGAAUAAGACGAUGAUGUUCACCCCAUAGAUUAUGUAACUUCGAUGAGUUUGAUCUAUAUAUAUGUGCUUGCAAAACAUA